AUGCCGCCAAAGCUACACAUGAAGUUUGGAGGCGACGCGGAACCCGCACCCGCGCCCGCAUCCUCGACCUCAAAACCAUCUUCUAAGAAGAACGAUGUAUCGAACAAAUCUACCAAACAACACUCGACCAGCAAUGCCUCGAGGGCACCCUCCAACGUCAACCAGAACAACGGCUUGAAGCGCUCGCAAGACGGAAACCCAAAAUCCAAUACCCCUUCCGAAUCCCAAACAUCCCACAAGUCCGAGCAUGACGACAGUGGCAGAGCACGAAAGUCCCCAAAGUUAAGUUCUUUGGAUAGCAAGAAGUCGGAAACUCGAGCCCCCCAUAAGCCUGGCGCAAAGGCGAACGAUACCCAAAAUGCGAAAGUCCCAUAUAAUGGCCCAUCGUCUCAAGAACUUCAGAAAGCUGCUAAAGAACUCGAGGAAAUUCGCAUGAGAUUGCCAGUAUAUCAUAAAAAGAACGACAUUCGUUGGGAUUUACGAAACAAUGACAUACUCAUCAUCAACGGUGAGACGGGUUCAGGAAAGAGUACGCAAAUCCCACAAUUCUUGUACACGGAACCAUGGUGCCAGAAGAAGUUGGUCACAGUGGAAGAAAGUGAUGGAACCAAAAAGGAGAUAAAUGUCGGUGGCAUGAUUGCAGUUACCCAACCUCGUCGAAUUGCUGCCAUGACUCUCGCCCAACGUGUUGCUGCUGAGAUGGGAUCACCUCUUAGUAAAGGCUCAGUUCGUGCUGGACAACCGGGAACUGUAGGCUACAGUGUUCGAUUCGACAAUCAGGUUCCUAAUGGAGCAAAGAUCAAGUUCGUCACGGAGGGUAUGUUGCUGCAGGAGAUGUUGAGUGAUCCAAACCUUCGCAAAUAUAGCGCUAUCAUGAUUGAUGAAAUCCACGAACGAAGCAUGGACGUCGACCUUAUUGCGGGAUUCUUGAGGAGAUUGGUUCACGGUGACUUGAAGGGUAGAGGUGGGGUACCGUUGAAACUUGUCAUUAUGAGCGCUACUCUUGACCAAGGCGGAGUCGAAGCCUUCUUCGCAAAGCCAAAUACUAGACCUGACUAUGUGCCUGGUCAAAAUCAUGGGAGGAUUAUUGCGCCAGAUUUGAUUGAGCAGAUGGCUCUACGAAAUAACGGAGCACAAAUACCUGUAAAGGCGGCGGAGGAAGAGCCUGAUAAUCGACGCUCAUCGACAGAUACUACCUUUUCAUCCUGGAGUGGAAUUACUGAUUCAACCGUCGCAAGUCAAGACGCAGGCAAGCAACAGCCUACCCAAGACGACACCCAAAACAAUAUUCAAUCUGGUGCCAGUACCUUGAAAAGUGAGGACCGACCCUUAAGCCGACCAGGUAUUCUGGACGGAGAUAUUUCACUAACUGGAGUCGCAUAUCAGUAUAUUGCCGGCCGCCAAUAUGAGGUUAAGACAUUCUACGAACAUGAACCAAAAGAAGAUUAUGUUCAUGCUAUGCUCGAAAUCAUUCUUAUGUUGCAUACUCAAGAACCACUUCCUGGAGAUAUCCUCGCGUUUCUGACAGGUCAAGAGGAAAUUGAGGCACUUCAAGCCGAACUAGAAAAAUAUUCUCAGAUGUUGAUUGCGGCCGUUCCCAGGAUGGAGAUCAAACCUCUUCAUGGAUCCUUGACACCAGACCAACAGAAAGAUGCCUUUGUCAAAGUCGAGAAGAGAUUCACACGAAAAGUUGUACUCGCCACCAAUAUUGCAGAAACAUCCCUUACUGUCGCUGGUGUUCAUUAUGUCGUGGACGGUGGAAAAUCCAAGGUCAAGCAGUAUCGCCCCCAUCUCGGCAUGGAAACCUUAUUGAUCAAACCAAUUUCGAAGGUUGCAGCAGUUCAAAGAUCCGGUCGUGCUGGACGAGAGGCAGUUGGUAAAUGCUACCGAAUCUAUACAAAGGCCGACUUCAAAGAGAUGGACGAAGACGGAAAGCCCGAGAUACUGCGUUGCAACGUGAUCGAAGCAGUCCUCAAGAUGAAGGCCCGCGGUAUCAUUGAUGUCCUGGAUUUUCCUCUCAUGGAUUCGCCUGAUGUCGUGUACAUGGAGAAAGCCCUAAAUCAACUCUAUGCCAUGGGCGCCUUGCAACCCGACGGCUCACUCACCAAAAACGGGAAAGCAAUGGCUAAACUUCCGCUCCCAGCGACCCACGGAUGCGUCUUGAUCGCGGCAGCAGACGAGUCCGCCGAUUGCCUUCUCGAAGUCAUCGAUAUUCUCGCUUGUCUGAAUACGGAUCAGGAGAUUUUCUUGCACCCCAAGUCAAUAGAAGAGCAAGAGGAAAUGAGCAACACCAGAGCCGACAUCUACCGUCGAGAAGGCGAUUUGAUUACCCUCCUGACCACCAUGCAACGCUACGCAGCAGACAACACCAAUCGAAGAGUCUGGUGCGAGAGCCAUCUCAUCUCCGUCCGUGCAAUGACAAUGGCCAACGCUGUGCGUAAGCAACUCCGUAUGCAGUGUGUGAAACUCAAGUUGUUGAAGGAGAAUCCUCCCGCCGAUCCGCAACCCUUCGAACCCGUCACCCCGGAGAGAGCAGAGAUUAUCAUGAAGGUAUUUCUCAAGGCUUUUGUUAGAGAGACUGCUAUCAUGGGCCCAGAUGGCAGUUACAAGACUACCAAUGGCAAAGAGACGAUCCAGGUCCAUCCAUCAAGCGUUUUACAUGGUAAGAAGUUAGAGGCCAUCAUGUUCUUACAGCAUGUCUACACCAACAAGAAUUACGCCAAGAAAGUCAGCUCCAUCCAGGCGAACUGGAUCGCUGAACAGUAUGCUCUCUGUUAG